CACGACGCUUGGUAAUCAUUUUUUUUUUCCUGCAGGAGGGCUUCACAGGUAACUCCGCAAAAAAGCGCAGUUUCAAACUUCUAUCAAUGAAAGCAUGUGACCUAGAGUCAGUGGAAUCUGCCGGCGCAUCCUCAUUCCUAUCUGGAAAGCGGCGCAGCGCACAACUCUUCACAUCCAGCGCAUGGGGCUCGCCUUUAUCCAAUGAGAGGACAGAAACUGGGCGAUAUUAAUUUAAUCUCCCCUCCUCCCUCCUACCCGGCUGCUGGUUUAUUCUAAUAAACCGCAUUUCAGCCUACACUGGUCUUAAACGGGAAUACCAGGUCUAUAAAUUAAUACAGAGAGGAGAGGGGCGCCACCACGGAAUGGAAUUUGGAUUCGGACGCGCAAGAAAGAAAACUUUAUAUUGGUCUGCGGUAGGCUACUGAUGAAAUGGAUGCGCUGAAAACCAAUUACAUGGUACUUAACAAAAAACAAGACAUGACAUUUUUUUGCAACAAUGAAUCCUGAAAGAAGUGGCUUUUUACUUGCUCUCCACAUGAUAGUGGAGUAAGUCUGAAAAUUGCGAAAUCCUCUGGGUAACGACUCAAUCAUCGGAAUCUCGAAUCAUUCAAUAGCCUACAUUUCAGACAUCAAACGGAUUAUUUACCUGGAAGUAUAAAAACUCAAAGGAACCCCAAACAGAAGUGAUGGAGUUCAUCAAAGUCAAGCGGACAACGAGCAAGCCACCUGAGCAGCCGAGACGCGUGGAAGUAAGACCGUCACCUCGAAACAGGAGAUUAGCGUCUAAUUCGACACCUGCUUCCUCCAGGAUAUACGUGCAUUUCAUUUUGCUGCUUUUGAUAUUCACACCCAGAGUGGAUUCAUCCUGGUGGUACAUUGGGGCGCUGGGGGCGCGGGUGAUCUGUGACAACAUCCCGGGCCUGGUGAACAAGCAGCGGCAGCUGUGCCAGCGCCACCCGGACCUGAUGCGCUCCAUCGGGGAGGGCGCCAAGGAGUGGAUCCGCGAGUGCCAGCACCAGUUCCGCCACCACCGCUGGAACUGCAGCACCCUCGACCGAGACCACACAGUCUUUGGCCGUGUAAUGCUCCGCAGCAGUCGCGAGGCCGCAUUUGUGUACGCCAUCUCUUCGGCCGGGGUGGUCUACGCCAUUACGCGGGCCUGCAGCCAGGGGGAGCUGAAGAUAUGCAGCUGUGACUCACACAAGAGGGGCCGCGCUAGCGACGACCAGGGCGACUUCGACUGGGGCGGCUGCAGCGACAACAUCAACUACGGGAUCAAGUUCGCCAAGGCCUUCGUGGACGCCCGGGAGCGGAUGGUCAAAGACGCCCGCGCGCUCAUGAACCUCCACAACAACCGCUGUGGGAGAAUGGCCGUGAAACGCUUCAUGAAGCUGGAGUGCAAGUGCCAUGGGGUGAGUGGGUCUUGUGCCCUGAGAACAUGCUGGCUGGCCAUGUCUGACUUCCGGCGUACAGGAGACUACCUGAGGAAGAAGUACAACACAGCCGUGGAGGUUACCAUGAAUCAGGACGGGACCGGCUUCACCGUGGCAGACAAAGACUUCAAGGGGAACCCCAAGAAUGACUUGGUGUAUGUGGAGCAUUCACCAGACUACUGUCUGCUGGACAGGGCAGCAGGUUCGCUGGGCACGGCAGGAAGGGUGUGCAACAAGUCCUCCCGUGGGAUGGAUGGCUGUGAGGUCAUGUGCUGCGGCCGGGGAUACGACACCACGCGCAUGAAGAGCGUCACCAAGUGCGAGUGCAAGUUCAAGUGGUGCUGUGCCGUGGAGUGCAAAGACUGCGAAGACAUCGUGGACGUCCACACCUGCAAGCCUCACAAGCGUCCUGACUGGCUGGACCUCACUUGAGCUCACAAGCGGCUCCCCCUUCGUCUCUGCUCCCACUUUUUUGUCUCUUCUCUCAGGACUUUUAUUUUGACGUUUUCAAAGUGGGACAAAGAAUUCUGGGAUAUGUAGUCUAUACCUCUAAUCCUCCAGACUCCGACUUGCACCUCUUGGCUCAGCUUUGGCACAACAUUUUUUUUUCUGACUGUCCCCAACUGCAAAGCAAAGCACUGAAAAGCCAGCAGCAUCAAAAGAGGAAUCUGUGGGCUCUUUUAAAAGAUAAAAGAGAGUGCUUUGAAAGAGUUGUGUAGGUAGGUGUCAUGGCAUGCAGGAGUGGCCUUUUUCUGAAGUCUGAGCAAGUGUUUUGGUUUAAAAAGUUUGAGGACUCAUCGGCGAAACUCAAAGUUUUGUUUUUGUUUUUGGAAAUGUGUACUUUGAUCUCAGACAAGGACAUGGUUUUGCUGCUUGCGGACCGCUGAGGACACUUUUCCAGUGGAGACUGAAGUGGGACUGUGCACAAUACUAAUGUUUGGUGAUAUAACUCAUAUUUGUGGGACAAUUUGAUCUCAGAUCAAAGUUUAGCUGUGGCCUUUGGCCCAAGCGUUCCUUCAGAAUGGAAAAUUAAGUGACUUGGAAGAGUGGCAAGUUUUCAAAAUGGCACAUCUCUAAGACACAAGGACUUACGCUUAUUGUGAAUGUCAUGGAGUCAUGUGUGUGUUUCCAUUUUAACCAACUUUAAGGACACUGCAACCAACAACCAAUAUUAACUGAAUACAUGUAUCACAAUACAGUAUAGAUGGGAAUUGGAAAUAGAGUACUACUGUUUAACAAUGAUCAUACUAUUCAUGUGUAGAAAUCGGAGAUCAAAUGCUCUGCAUUGAAGGUGCAGAAAACACGAUAAAGUACUUCUUUGUAUUACAUCAGCAACACAGAUGUAUAAAAUGAUGAUAUGAUCUCUGGUUAAUUUUUCUGUAAAUAGUUUCUGUGCUCCGAUUUUAGCUAACAAUUGUUCUGAAUUUACCGGUCGGUAUAUGUCAUGUAACUGUAUUAUGAUGAUGGUAAGACCACUACAUAUCUAAAGCACUUGACUCACUAUCUCAGCAUCACAAUAAGAAGAGCACUGUUAUCAUUUUUACCCCCUUCUUUCAAGUCAUAAGUCCUUGAUUGGAUUUUGAAAAUAACGAUCAAAUGUUAUUGAUGAUUAAAAUUGUUUGUCACUGGAUUGAAAGGUAUGCCAUAUGAUACAUGUAUAAAACAUUAUUAUUAUAUAUAUAUUUUGUCUGUGAACAAUAGAGCUUUAUAUAAACAGGUGGGUUAAGAUUCAUUUGUUACGGCGAGGUGGGUG